GGUGUGGGAGUGGGGUAGGUGAGGAGAGAGAAAAUGUAGAAAAAAUAUUUUUUUAUUAGUGGUCCUAUUUCAUUUUUAGUAAUGUGUCAAAUAUCGUGGGAUAGAUAAAAUUAGAAACUGUGUCAAAUAUUAAGCGACGAAGCGAUUAGGGAGUAACACGCUUCAAACCCGAACCUGAGUUGCCCUGAAUUAAUACGGUUGGAAAUCCAAUCGUGAAAACGAAGCACAAGCACAUCCUUGUUUUCCAUAAAAUCGAAAACUACUCAACAACCGCUGCACUAAGAGAGAGAAAGAAUCAACAACAAUGGCGGAAGAAGAGGAAAAGAGGAAGACGGUGUGGGCAGAAUCUCUAGGAUGGCUGACGGAAUCCACAAUUAUGCCGAAGAAGCACAAAGCCAUUGAAGGUGUUGGUGCUUCUUCCAUCUUUGAACUCAAAGCUGAACUCUACAAAUCCCAGGAAGAUGCCAAGAAAUCCAAGGAACUUUCUGGUGCUGAUGUUGAAUAUCACCGCGCCAAGAAGAAGAUCACCGCCAAUAACGCCUUUUCUCGCAAAAAUUCCGGCGUUGAUGCGCGGGCUCAUCAGGACAAGCUCGCACUCAAGGCUGUUAGUGAUGGUUCUGCUAGCUAUGAAGCAUUGGAGAAAAAGGCUGCGUUGUAUGAAAAACUUGCUAGGGGAGAACUUUCGGAUGAGGAAGAUAAAGAGAAGUAUUGUGUUGAUUUUUUCCGCAAGGGUCAAGAGGAAGAUGGACAUCAGGAAUUGCAAGCUAAUGAUUCUUUUUCUAGUAAAGUAUCUGCAAAGACUGAUGAAUAUGAUGAUUUUUUACCUUUCAAUUCAAAGCCCAUGGGUUUGGGGCGUAGUGUUGGAACGGUCGACAUUGAUGAACACAAACGUUUUGUCAGGGAAGUUCAUGAAGAGGUGAAUCAAGCCAGAGUAAAUACUUCUGAACUGAAGUUACGCCGGCAAGAACAAGCAGCAGCUCGUCGAGAAAAGCUUCGACAGGCUUAUAUUCGGAAGCAACUGGAGAAGGUGAAGUCUACAACAACAACAAGACAAGAGCAAACCUAACCAACUAAUGCAGCUGUUGAAUUGCUUUGCAUAUUAGCUGGUCUGGUGGCUCACUUUAUUGUUGCUAUUGUGGGUAUCAAGAACCUUGAGCAGCUUGCCAAAAUUUGUGCGAAAUAGCUGAAAAAUCUGGUGCAAGAUUCCAGGCCUUACACUGCCAUUGGCUUGUAAGUAGAGCCAUGGUUUAGGACAGCAUGUCAAUCAGGGCACAAAGAUCACUUUCAGAAGCCUUGAAACACGGUAGUCAAGACCCAAGAAUCCAAGAUUCAUGCAUCUGAAAUGAUGUGUUACAGUUAACCGAAUUGUGGUAUUGAAAUUUGGAAAUGUGGAAAUUUGAAGUCACCUUGUCUACUCUCCAUACAUACUUUGUGAGCUAUGUUUGUAGAUUUACCCUCAUUUAUCAUUGUAUUAACAACCCUGAUUUGUAAUGAAUUUCACUGUGCAAAUUCUUUAGACGGCAUA